AAGGUUAGUCUAGUCAUAGUUCCUUUCUGCAAUCUGCAUCGUCUGUGAUAUCGCCAUAUUGAAAAGUUCUUUUUAGUGAGUUUCCUGUGGCGAUACACGUGAAGAAUUAAAAAUGUCGUCCCAUCUGAACUGGAUGAUCAUUCGCAACAAUAAUGCGUUUCUUUUGAAGAAACGUAACAUCAAUAAACCUUUUUCCACGGAACCAAGUAACUUGACCAAUCUCAGUAGCUACCGGUAUUCUGGUUUAGUUCAUAAGAAGAGCGUUGGCAUUGUGGAUACACCUGAUAAGAAAGGAUUCACAGUUGUUUAUAAGAAAGCGAGUAAAAUGAACAAGCCUGCGAAGGCUACCGUUAGAAGUACAAUGAAGAGUGGAGCUCGACGUUCCUUGUACAAGUUACGAAGACUGCUCAAGGCAAACAAAUAUCGUGUAGAUCUUACCAAGGUUGCAUUACGUCGUGCAAGUGCAGUUUUGAGAUCGCAGAAACCUUUACCAGCUAAAAAGACACGCGUACCUAAGAAAACAGAAUAAUUGUGUAUCUAAAUAAAUCUGCAUAUUAAUAUCA